CAGAAACUGUAAUACCUCAUACCGGAUCUGAAACGUACGACCCGGAUGGAAAAUAAACAUUCGCUUGGCAGAAAGAGAGUGGCGCGAUUUACGGCGCUUAAAUUAUUUAAAUAUUGUCAAACUGAAAUGGUUGAUGUGCUCACUGUAGUAGUUAAGAAACACUGCAUUAUACAUUGUGUUGAGUGAAAAUUCCUAAAUUAGAAAGUUUCUGCAGAGUUAGAGUGUGGAGGAAUGAACAAACUCCUUUAUCAAUCUACUAACAAGGUUUUCAUACUUGUUUUGGUGGUUUGAGUCACAGAUGCUUAAUAUCUACCAACGAAGCGUAUGCAUGUUUAGUAUAUUGAUACACCAUGUGGAAGGAAACAUACGAACGUAAUCUGUUCAUUAGAAGGUGUGGACUCUUGAGUCCCAUGGCAUCUCUUACGUUGAGAUCUAUGACCAACAGUUAGUUGGUAGCUGUUUAAAGAGCAGCUUUUGCGUUAAGGUGUGCAGUGCGUUUCGGGCAACUUUUUCUAAUACAUUUGUUUUCUGGGCGCUGACACAAUGAUGGCUAAACAAGGAUUGAAACAUCAGAAGGUGAUUUCUUCGGGGAGGUUGACGGGCGCUGCUAAGCUGCCAAAUGCUAGAAAGAGUAAUACUGCACGGAAACUGUCCUCUACAUCUGUAGAUUCUGGAUAUUCUCUCUAUUCAACAGAUUCUGAAGAUCAGGUUACAGUUAUACAUAAAGGACUUGACAAAUGUGCAGCUUUGUUGCAAGAUAUUUUGCAGAAUGAAUCCACUGGAGCAAAAUCUGUUCCCCAGAAAACUGUCAGAGAAAUUUCUAUGAAAACGAAACCCAAGAAUGCAGUUACCAAAACAUCAAGUACAAAAAGAAAAGUCAGUAGGAAAAAUAUAUCUGUUUCAGAUGGACAGAAAGAAAGAGGGUUAAAAGUGGCACCUUCAUCAGUGGUGAAAGAAAAAAGUUCCCCCACCUCCAGAGAAGCUCUGCCUGUUAAUGCAGUCUGUGUUCCACAUGGCCAUGCCUCACCAAUGUCUUGCUAUGGUCUUUCAGAGCCUGUCCAAACACAGAUGGCAUUUAUAAAUGGGCAGCUUCCAGUGAUCAGUGUUGAUCAUUCUAAGACCUGCUGCACUGCUCCAGAACAUGGUUCCCAGCCUCAGUCUACUACUGUAUUUAAUGAUCGUUUGCCUACUUCUACACCUUCACUUUCUCCUCAGCAUCCUACAAAUCCAGUUUCUCUUCAGAUGAUUAUACCCACUGGCCUUUGUACUCAAUGUACUACUCAUACAGGAGAUGGAGUUAAAGAUGUACCACCCUCUUCUGCUCCUGCCAUAUCCGUUCCUUCUUCAUUAACCGGCACAGCAAUCCCUGCAGUGAUGACGUUUACCACAGCCACACCACCAAGUGCUUCAGCAGAAUUAAGGCAAGCAGCAAGUAAUCAACAAUUUAGAGAGCAGGAGCUGUUGAAAUACAUACAGCAGCACCUGAAUCAGCUGCAACAGGGUGAUGCUGAAAGGCAGAAAGCAGCUUUUGCUAGCCCAAGGAAGAUCAAGACACAUAAAGAGAUUGUAGAAUCUGAUGGCAUGUCUAGUGCUGCGCACUGUGAGACCACAAGUGAGGAAGAUGAGAAUGCAACUGAUGAAGUGCCAGUAAGAGACACUAGUUGCCAGACUAGUUUUGAAAGCUGUAAGUUGAUGAAACUGAAAAAGACAAGCCCUGAAAAAACUGCUCAAAAGGUUCGAACUAUUAGGUAUUUGCUAGGAGAAUUGAAGGCACUUGCAACAGAUCAAGAUGAUUCAGAAGUUAUAAGACUAAUAAAUGAGCUAGAGGAGAGUGUCGGUCUUUUGCCAGCAGUAGUUGGUAGCACAAAUGUUCAAGCUGAAAUUGCACUUGCUUUGCAACCCUUGCGAAGUGAAAAUGCACACUUGAGAAGAAGAUUGAGGAUAUUGAACCAACAGCUCCGGGAGCGAGAGAGAAUGGAGAAGGACUCUCGAUUCUCAGAUUGCAACUUUGAAUUGCUGUCUGUACAGUCUAUGAAUAUGACGCUGCAGACCCAGCUGACAGAGUCUCAGAAGAAUAUUGAGUUGCUACAAGAAAAGAAUGGAGAACUCCUUAGUCUGAUCAGUGAACAGAAAGAAGAAAAUAAACACCUUUUAAACCUUAUCCAAGAGAAGGAACAAGACAUGCUUCAAAACAAGCAGAGAUGGGAAAUAGAUAUAUCAAAAGUUAAGGCAGAAUUGGAUGACUCCUUAGUCAAACUGAAGGGCUUCCAGCUUAGGUUAGAAGCCACAGAAAAGGAAAACCAUAUUUUGGGUAUAACAUUACGACAGCGUGACGCAGAAGUAAACAGACUGCGGGAGCUUACUAGCACCUUGCAGAGCAGCAUGGCUAAACUUUUAUCUGAUCUGAGUAUGGAUAAGAAAACAUACAAAUCAGGAUCAAGUCUUACAAGAUCUGUUCUAGAUAUGCAUGAGAAGAGCCUCAAAAAAUAUCCAGAGCUGGAUCCUGUCAGUAACUCUGUAGCCAGUUAUUUAAAAAAUUUGGAAAUUGAACCUGGUCAGAGAACUUCAAGCUCUUUAUCUAUAAAGAGAAAUGAAGAUGUAGAAGGAGAUGUGCCUUUUCAGUAUUUGAAUAAAUCCGGACCACCUGAUGAAAUAUAUCCAGCCAGUACCUUUGUUCCUCAAAAAAAGUUAUCUCCAAGAACUGACCGCGUGUUUUUGGCACGGAGUAUAGACACUCAGAGUGACAUUUGUAACUUUUUGAGAGAGGGCUACCAACCAGAUGAGACAAUUUAUAUCCCACUGAUUCAGAGUAACUCCAAAAAACAGACUGGGUCGUUGGAAAGAGAGACUUGUACACCUCCUCGGAUCAGUAAAGCUUCAAAGAGGCUAAACUACAGUAAGGUUGCUGAUUCAGCGCAGCAUAAUUGUUCUGUGGAUGCUGUUCAGUAUGGAGAAGAGACCGAUUCAGAAAAGGUGGAAGACGACAAGUUAUUUUUUAAACCUGCUCCUGCAGAAAAUCUAUCACAUGCUUUAUUAAAAAGCUUUACCAAAAAUGUUUUACCUGCAAGUUCUGUUGACUCUCUAAAGGAAUCAACAGUUAAUGCCCCCGAAAAACAAAAAGAGCUACAUUCCCUAGAACACUUGUUUUCCUCUGUGCCUCAUAAGAUGGAAGAGAUGCAGAAAAUCAGUUGUAGAAAUCCAGGAAACGCAUGUGAUAUUUCUGUCUCUGACUGCCGAUCUGCGAUGUGUGACUGGAGCAUGUCAUCACUGUCAACAUUUAACUCGCAUGAUGAGCAGGACUUUAAAACAGGUUUGGCAGCUUUAGAUGCGAGUAUUGCCAGGGUACAGCAGACUUUGCGUGCUGAACUUAUGAAAAAAUGACCUCUCUUUAACAACACUAAUAUUAAUUCAAAGAAAAGUAUUUCACUGUUCUAAUUGUAUCCUUAAGAGAUUCCAGAAGCUCUUUUGUUACAGUCUUGUUUUCAUAUUUUUAUUUUGGUAUUAUAAUAUUUUAUAUAGUAUUGUUUAAAUUAUUUAUGAAAUGGAAGAAUAUAAUCAUGGUAUUUUCAUCAAUUUUAAUAAAUUACUGAAUUUUUUUA